GCCUUCUCCUACCCGACGACUGCGAUGAGCGAGGCGACCAGAACAGAGGGGGCCGCCACCACACUUUAACUGACAUGGAAGGAAGUCAAGGAACGCAGAUGUACUUAUCCAUGCCAACAAGAUGUUCGACAAAAAAACGAAGCAGAUUCUUCCCUGUUUUGAUCUCUUGAUUGAGCACAGAUGAAGAGAUUCUUGGGUUCAGUAAAGAUCCAGGUAUUUGUGCCGACAUUUUCUCACAAAUUUUACGAAUUUUGGCUAAAAGCUACUAGGUGCAGUGGAGAGGGUCUUAAAACUUCGGCUUGGACACCGCUUACUACUAAUUUUGGUGUUGGAUUAUGCGAGCGCCGAAAUGAUGAACGAGCGGAGUGACUUCCGAGACCUCAUAAUGGAGAUCAUCUCUAAACAAAGGCCGGUCAACUAUGCUAGACCUCCAUUCUGAGGUCGCUCCAUUAUUUGUGUGCCUUACUUUUCCUAUAGAUGUUGAUCCUCAUUCAAAUUCAGCGAGGUAAGGGUUGGAAAAAAAGCAAAGUCUAACAGAUUCCCUUUUACUCUCAUGUUAGUGGUGCCAGACCAGAAAAACUUUGAUAAUACAGGUUCUGAAAUUAAUAUCGGUUAUGCAUGUGUGACGCACAGCUGGCGCUUCUCCUCCAAGUUGUGGUUUUAUGUCGGUGCCUCGCCAUGUAACAGCCCAGAGAUAAGAAGACGCCAGUGCAAUUUGGUGACAGUGGAGGGUAGGGAGGAGCGCCAACCGCUGCUCUGUCAGGAGGAGAUGAUCGGGAGGAGCGUGCCGUUGCCAUCACCUCGAGGAGCACCGAUGGAGGAGCACCGAGUGCCAGCCGCUGCUCCUACGGGAGGAGUGCCGUCAACAAAGAUCGAGGUUCCUCUCUAUAUAUUUGGAGGAGGAUUCGAAAGGAAGCUAUAUUGAUCUACCAACCGGUUCAGAUGACAAUUGAAUGUUGUGGUUCAGGAAAGCAUAUUACCUUGGUCACACUGGUUAAGAUGAAAAUGGAAUGUGUCCGGCACAUGAUCAAGAACCAUGAAGAUGCGGCUGCAGUUUACGUUUUGAAGCAUGUAUUUCAGUUCAGAUUCAUACUAAUGCAUCUAUUUACCUUGCUAUGUUAUCUGACAAUUGUUCA